GGCAACCAGCCCGGCGGCAACUUGAAGACGGUGGUGGAGAAGAAGGAUCAGGCGGUGGAGAAGCAGGAUCAGCCGAGCGCUUUGCAGCCGGAGGUGGUGGAGAAGAAGGAGCAGGCGGUGGAAAAGAAGGAUCAGCCGAGCUUUUUGCAGGAGGAGGUGGUGGAGAAGCAGGAGCAGGCGAUGCCGUUGGAGAAGAAGGAUCAGCCGAGCGCUUUGCAGGAGGAGGUGGUGGAGAAGAAGGAGCAGGCGGUGGAGAAGAAGGAUCAGCCGAGCGCUUUGCAGGAGAAGAAGGAGCAGGAGAAGGCGGGCGCUUUGGACGGCGAUUGCCAGCCCGACAAGGUGAAGAUGAAGAUGGGGAAGAACAAGCAGACGCCGAGCAAGUCGCAGGAGAAGAAGGAGAACAAGGAGCAGGAGCAACCGCACGCUUUGGGCGGCACGGUGCCGGAGAAGAAGCAGAAGAAAAAGGGGCCGGGGCUGGGGGAGAACAAGCAGCUGAAAGAGCCGGACGCUUUGGGCAAGGCGCAGGCGCAGGACCGUCAGGAGCAGUCGCAGGGGGACACCGGCGUGGCGACGAAGAGGAAGGCGGAGGGCACGCAG